AUGGAACUGCUUGCCUACUUCAAUGUAUCUGGCAAUCUCUCAGAGCCUUUGAUGAUCAUGGAAGAUGAUAAGACUAAAACCAUGUUGAAGAGGAGUAAGAAUAAGACGAAUAAGGUCAGGGUGACUACAGCUGAGUCACAGUUAGAGUUUGAGAUGCAGAAGGGCUCUUUGGGCCAAGAUCUCUUCGAUCAAGUGGUCCGCACCAUAGGUCUUCGUGAAGUCUGGUACUUCGGAAUCCAGUACAUCGACAAAGACGGCAAUCCAACCUUUCUAAGAUUGGAUAAGAAAAUUUCGAGUAACGAUUUUGCACCUGGUUCUGAAUACGACUUCAAGUUCAUGGUCAAAUUCUACCCCGAGAAUGUCGAGGAGGAACUCAUUCAAACUUGCACAAUCACUCAUUUCUACCUUCAGGUCAAGAGCGACAUAAUGUCUGGCAAAAUCUACUGCCCAACUGACACUGCUGUCCUGCUGGCGUCGUAUGCCUGUGUUGCCAAGUAUGGUCCGUACGACCCACAGUCGUGCCCUAAGAGUUUGCCGAUCGAUCGACUGAUUACCGGCAAGGAACAGUACGAUCAAACCGACGAGCAAUGGUACGAGCGGAUCAUAGCAUACUACAAGGACCACCAUGACAUGUCUCGCGAAGAUGCAAUGGUUCAGUAUCUACAAAUUGCACAGGAUCUGGAGAUGUAUGGUGUGGAGACCUUUAACAUCAAGAAUAAGAAGGGAACAUCUCUCGUUCUUGGUGUUGAUGCUCUCGGUUUGAGCAUCUACGAACCUGGUAAUUUAUUGGACCCUAAAAUUGGUUUCCCCUGGUCGGAAAUUCGAAAUCUCUCUUUUCACGACAAGAAGUUCAUCAUCAAACCGGCAGACAAGUCCGCAAAGGAAUUUUUCUUCUUGGUGGAAAAAUCCAAGAUUAACAAGCGCAUUUUGGCAUUGUGUACUGGCAACCAUGAGCUCUACAUGCGUAGAAGAAAGUCAGACUCUAUUGAGGUGCAACAGAUGAAGAUUCAGGCCAAGGAGGAACGUGAAUUGAAGGAGGCUGAGAGACAACGCCUGAAGGAGGAACGAUUGCAACGUAUGGAGAAUGAACAGAAACUGCGGGAGCUUCGUGCUCAAAUGGUCGAAAAGGAGUCUGACUUAGCGGAUAUGAAGAAUAAGGCGUCUGCCUAUGAAAGUAAGAUUGCAGAGCUGGAGAUGCUGCUACAGCAGGAGCGACAUGCGCGUGAGAGUCUUCAGAAGAGCCAAGACAAACUGGCGGAGAUGAACAGAAAGCUGAAGGAGGAGACUGCGGCAUCAGCCGAAGAGCGCAACCGUCUGAUGGCCCAGCGUGACGAGGUGCAGCGCGAAGUUGAGGCUCAGAAGGUCGCCAUGGCCAAGAAGGAGGCUGAAAAGGCUCAGGCUGAAGCUGAGCUUCGCAGAAUGCGUGAGAAACACGAUGCAAAGCACAAGUCCCAGGUCAAUGGCAGUGGUGACGCUGCUUCGCAGGAUGAUGAAAGUGAAGCCAAGGAACUUGAGGUGAUACCAAAUGUGAGGCGGACGGAGGAAUCGAGGGUGACGGCCGUCUCUAAGAACGAGACGCUCCAGACGAAGCUGGCCAACCUCAAAAUGGAGUUGAGCUCGACACGCGAUCAGUCGAAAAUGCGCGACAUUGAUCGUCGUCAUGAGUACAAUGUGCGGGAGGGUAAUGACAAGUACAAGACACUGCGCAACAUUCGCAAGGGCAACACCAUGUGUCGUGUUGAACAGUUUGAGUCGAUGUAG